AUGGCCGUGGCACUGGAUGCCGUGUGGGUGAGGGUGAAGAACGUGUGCAAGCAGAACGGGCUGCUGAUCCUCUCUGUGCUCGCCGUCGUCAUCGGCUGCCUGCUGGGCUUCUUCCUGAAGGCGCGGCACCUCUCCGAGCAGGAGGUCAAAUAUUUCCAGUUCCCCGGCGAGCUGCUAAUGAGGAUGCUGAAAAUGCUCAUUCUUCCGCUUGUUGUGUCCAGCUUGAUGUCAGGAUUGGCAGCUCUGGACGCGAAGUGCUCCAGCCGGCUGGGCAUCAUGACCAUCUCCUACUACCUGUGGACGACCUUCGUGGCAGUGGUGGUGGGCAUCGUCAUGGUGUCCAUCAUCCACCCCGGGGGAGCGGCUCAGAAGGAGGACUCGGAGGACAGCGGGAAGCCCAUCAUGAGCUCCGCCGACGCUCUGCUCGACCUUAUCCGCAACAUGUUUCCAGCCAACUUGGUCCAAGCUACUUUUCAACAGUACCGGACAAGGAGCGUGCCGAUCAUGAAGACCCCCAGGCCCACGGUCAGCCAGGACCUGACGGAGACCACCACCCGCCGGGUGUUCAUCUACGGCAUCCAAGACGACAACGGCACAGACAUCCAGAACUUCUCCCUGGACCUGACGCCGCCCCCCGACGUGGUCUUCCGCACACUGCCCGGUACCAGUGAGGGCAUGAACGUCCUGGGGAUAGUCAUCUUCUCCGCCACCAUGGGUAUCAUGCUUGGCAGAAUGGGACCGAAUGGAAGUGCCUUGGUCAACUUCUGUCAGAGCUUGAACGAAGCUGUACUGAAGAUUGUUGCCAUUGUUAUCUGGUACUUCCCCUUCGGCAUUGUGUUUCUGGUCGCCGGGAAGAUCCUGGAAAUGGAUGACCCAUCUGCCAUGGGUAAGAAGCUGGGCUUCUACGCCAUCACCGUGGUGAUGGGGCUGGUGCUGCACGGCCUCUUCAUCCUGCCUGCCAUGUACUUCUUCAUCACCAAGAAGAGCCCCAUCGUCUACAUCCGCGGCAUCCUGCAGGCGCUGCUCAUCUCACUGGCCACAUCCUCCAGCUCCGCCACGCUGCCUAUCACCUUCAAGUGCCUCUUGGAGAACAACCACAUUGACCGGCGAAUCAUCCGCUUCGUGCUGCCCGUCGGCGCCACCAUCAACAUGGACGGCACCGCGCUCUACGAGGCUGUGGCCGCCAUCUUCAUCGCCCAGGUCAACAACUAUGAGCUGGACUUCGGGCAGAUCAUCACCAUCAGUAUCACAGCCACUGCAGCCAGUAUUGGCGCGGCAGGGAUUCCGCAGGCUGGCCUGGUUACCAUGGUUAUUGUGUUAACAUCGGUUGGGCUCCCUACUGAUGACAUCACUCUCAUCAUUGCUGUUGAUUGGGCCCUGGACCGGUUCAGGACCAUGGUCAACGUGAUGGGGGACGCCCUGGCCACAGGGAUCAUGGCGCACAUCUGCAGGAAAGAUUUUGUGAAAGAAGGAGAGGAGGUGCCCCUGAUCUGUGAGACCAAGCCUAUGAUCAGCAUCCAGCAGAUGAUGGCCUACCAGAAGAACGGCUGCUUCCAGCCCCCGCCAGGCAGCCGAGCAGACCACAUCCCACCCGACGUGGCCCGCCUCAUCCAGCUGGAGGAGGGCGUGCGGCCCGUGGAGAAGAAGAAGCCAUCGCCGCCGCACAAGAGGAUCGACAGGGACAAGGACCACUGUUCCAUCGACAUGAAUGGCCUGGAGACUAAUGUAUAG